AGAAAGAUAAUACACUAAACAAAGACCUUUCUUCUCUACUUUGUUGUGUGGCAAUGGCUCAAAAGGAUAGGAAUACAAGGAUCGCUCAAAAGGCUUUUGAAAUGGUUGAUAAGGUGUAUGGUAAGUCCCCUAAACUAACCACUAAACAAUAUGAUCCCAAAGACGAGUUCCCUUCUCGUUUUGGCCAAAAUGCUUACAAGUAUGGUGGUCCAAAAGUUUAUACCGUAAAAGAGGCGACUAGUACUACUAUUAACUGUAGUCGAGCUAUUUAUAUGUACUCAUCUGAGUCAACUAUGAGAGAACCUGUUGUCUCUCACCCCACUGCACAUAUUCAAUACUUCGGUGUUGGCCGUCCUUUUGUUGGCAAUCCGAACCGGGUUGAGAGGCCGAAAGGACGAGUUAUUAACUGCGACGAGGCUGCUCAACUCUAUGGAGGGGUGCUUAUAAAGGAAUUUCGUAAAUAAGAGUGGUGUAAACCUCAAGUUAUGUUGAAGAUGCAUGGUGAGUUUGUAAAGUAAGUGUGAUAAUUUCUAUCUCUGCUUUCGAAUGUGCAGACCGACAAAUGUGCUAAAGCUUUUUGUAACGGUUUUGACUUGGAAUAAGCUUUAGAUGACUGUCUGUCUUUUAUGUAUUUAGAAGUAGUUUACGUUGAAGUUUAUGUAAUGUAAAAUGUGAUCGUACUAUGUAAACUUGUAUCUCGACUUUUUAUAAACACAAAUA